GAGCUGGCGGUGGGGAUAAAGAAGUGAGAGAACAGAAGCAGAGCGCCAAGUACAAGUUCGUUCGCAAUGCGAUUUUAAGGCAACUGAAAAGCGAAAUGGAUUGCGCCGCGUUCCCCAUGCAUCCCAAGAUGGACGAGCAGCUGGCCCGGGCAUUCGCCGCCAACGAGGAGGAGGAGGAGAGGCAUAUCCAGAAAGUGCAGAACGCCUUCCUCUACUACAAGCCAUAUGCGUGUCAGCGGCUAAAGCGCUCCGUGGAUUACCUGAACAGCCUGUCUGCGGAGGAUCAAAUAAUGCUGGCCAAGUACCGGGGGCAUUUGGAGUGUGUGCGCACGUGCAUCGAUCGCAACCAGGCGGUCAUCCGGGAGAUUUUGCGGGAGCGCGUGCUCUAUCCGUCGGAGGAAACGGACGUAAAUCCCUCGGCGGACCGGUGGGAGUUCGACGAGCCGCCGCCAAAUGUGAGGCACGGCGAUAUGGACCAGAAUGAUAUUCCAUUCGAUGAAGCUGACGUAGAACCUCUGAAAAUUUUAAAGGCCCAGUCGACGCUGAAGUUGAUUGCGCGCGACUGGAGCACCGAUGGCGCCCUGGAGCGGGAGCAGUCCUACAAGCCGAUCAUCGACAGCAUUGUGGAGUACUACAAGCCCAGCGAUUACGAGCUGAAGGAGAUCAAGAUCCUGGUGCCGGGAGCUGGACUGGGAAGGCUCACCUACGAACUGGCCUGCCUGGGAUACUCCUGCGAGGGCAACGAGUUCUCCUACUUCAUGCUGAUCGCCUCCAACUUUGUCCUCAACCUCUGCGACUACGAGAACAAGUAUGUGCUGUACCCGUGGGUGCACCAGUAUGUCAACAACCUGAGGCGCGAGGACCAGGUGACCGCCGUGCGCUUUCCCGACGUCUGCCCGCUGAAGAAUCCGCCCAAGGGCCACUUUGAGAUCGCCGCUGGGGACUUUCUGGAGGUCUACAAGACGCCCAACUCGUACAACUGCGUGGCCACGUGCUUCUUCAUUGAUUGCGCCAAUAAUGUGAUUGACUUUAUACGCACCAUUUACAAAAUUCUCGUACCCGGCGGCAUUUGGGUGAAUCUCGGACCGCUGCUGUACCACUACAGCGAUGUGAGCGGACAGAACAGCAUUGAGCCGACGUUCGAGGACCUGUGCAUCAUCAUGGAGAGCGUGGGCUUCGUGAUCGAGAAGUCGCGCACCGGCAUACGCACGAAGUACGCCCAGAAUCCGUCGUCGAUGAAGCAGAGCGAGUACCAGAGCCUCUUCUGGGUUUGCCGCAAGCCCGAUCCGUUUGAGGAGCAGCGGGGCAAGCGCAAGGCCUCCCGGGAGCCACACGAUCUCAUUGUGCGCGAGGACAGCGAGGCGGAGGAGGAGGAGGAGCAGCAGAAGGAACCGGCAGAGCAGCAGCAGCAUGAGACUGAGAUGGAGGCCCAGCCAACGUGAUAGCCAUUGAAUCCAAAAACAAACAUCAGCACCCAAAAACCCUCAAUUCAAACCCACCUACAAAUGCCAUCACCACUACCUUAAAUCACAGGCAAGACAGGGAAUUUCUCUUUACCGCUACGCUUUAUACACAUUUCGAGUUGCUAGAUUUUCAAUUUGUUCAAAUCUACAAAUUUUUGGAAAAGCGAUAGCAUCGAAAUAGGCCAAACAAAUGUACCAAAACAAAUUUUUAGAUCGUGCAAAUUCAAAAAUGUGAGCGUUUCGAAAUAGGCCAAUCAAAUAUACCAAAACAAAAGGAUUAAGUAUAAAUAACUAAUGUUUAUUUGUUCAUUUACAGUGGCCUUAGUUUACAAAUUUACCAAUUUGCCAACUCAAAAGCUGUAUUAUUGAUCGAUUCGAUUUGAUAGAAACAAAGAACAAAGCACCAAUGUUGAAUGCUAAACGUUGAAUUUCAACGGAAAACUUA